AUGUCCAGCAAUGGCGGACCAACAGUCGCCGUCAAGCUGUUCAUCGACAAGGAGAAGAAGAGGGUGUUGUUCGCGGAAUCCGACAAGGACUUCGUGGACAUCCUCUUCAGCUUCCUCACUCUGCCGCUCGGCACCGUCGUCCGUCUCUUUGACAAACACUCCCAGAUCGGGUUCCUCGACGAGCUGUACAGGAGCGUGGAGAGCCUCGGGGAAGAGCACUUCCAGACCAGGGAUUGCAGGACAAUGCUUCUUCGCCCCGUCAAUGCCGCGGCGGCUCACUGCGACCGGCUCAAGGUCAAAGUGGACGCCGCUCAGACAGGGAUAUAUGUCUGCCCUUAUUAUUCGAGCUCGAGCUGUGGUACAGGGAGAUGGCCGCAGAGUAGUUCUCCUGCUGCUACCGAAGCUAGUACUGUGGAUGGAAUUUUCUCCAAAGGUGGCUCCAAGUUCAUCGUCACGGAUGAUCUCCAAGUUGCUCCUUCCUCUACAACUCUCAUGUUUUCUCUGAUCGACAAGCUUGGGCUGCAGGAACCACUGAAUAUCAAGGAGGAGGUGCUCCAACUCAAUUCCAAUAAGAUAAUUAGCUUGCUUAGGAGGGCACUGCUGUCUAAGCAACCUUUGACAGGCCUAUAUUUCGAUGUCGCUAUUGCGCCGAAUUGGCAAGACCUGGUUGAUCUUCUGUUUGGCCUCCUCUGCAUUCCUGUUGGAUCUGUAAUAAAGACUUACGGUCAAUUGUCACCAGACGUAUGUCUUCGUAAUAUCUACAACAGUGUGAAUGUAGCUGGAUGUGUCAAACAAGAAUGCAAAAGCUUGCUUCUAUCACCAAAGCUGCCCCCUUUCUUUGGGUGCAGCAGCAACGUGCUCCAAGUUGAAGAAUUAUAUCCAAGGUCGCAUCACUCUCCUCCGAUUUAUCUCAGCGAGCUGAAUCCAAAAUCCCCAUACCGGGGACGUGACACUGGUUAUACAAGCUAUGUCAACGUAGGGCCCAUCAACUUCAUGGUGACCGAUGACCUGCGCAUCGUCGAUUUCUCCCUGGCCAGGAGUCUCCAGGCCAUACGUUCGGCGAAGAUUCCGAACGGGGAGCUCGUGGAGAAAGAGCUAACUCUUGACAAAACCCAGGCAGUCAAGACUCAAAACUCAAAGAGAACUAGUUCUGAAGCUGCUAAGAGCUGCAACGGCUACCCGCAAUGCGCUCAGCAGCGUGCUCUUGCCUCCACCAAAGUAUGCUGCGACAACCUCAACUCAAACCACCCCAUCGUCAGGCCUCCAGCUGAGGAGGAGUUUGCGACUCCGGAAGCUCAUCCAGCCAGGAGACUUGCUGCUAAUUAUGUUUCAAAUGAAUGGAACCAUGCCUUCUAUGCAGUUUACCAAGUCAUCUAG